AUGGUUUUGAAGGGACUGCCAGAAUCAUUUAAACCAUUCGCCAUACACAUCACGCAAAUUGACCGGAUAAUAAGUUUUGCUGAAUUUAAGACUAAGCUCCGCAGCUAUGAGGAUACUGAGCGAAUGCGCACACCGCCACCAGAGGACAACGUCAUGAGGGCGCGGGAGCAGUUGAGAGCGAGACAACCCUCUGAUCAGGAUCAGAUGAAGAUGAUGUGGUUCUGGUUUUGUUGGGUUCUGGGCGCCAUGGUCUGGGCCUCCCCACCCCUGUUCUCACUGCAUCCCUCCCCCGUCAUCUUCUCGGUGGCAGAGGACGCCUGCCCCCCCGGGGAACUUGCCUCCCUGUCCUCGGACCAGGAGGUCUCUGCGGUGCUGGACCUGGUCUCAGGGUCAAACGGGUCCGUGUUCUGGGUCGGGCUGCGGAAGGGGGGUUCAGCUGGACCGGGGGGGGGCAGCCGGGCCCCGCAGGUGGUCCGCUGGGCCCAGGAGCCCCAGGAGACCUGCACCACCUUACGCUGCGCCGCCAUCAAGCUGAACCAGACCGGGACCAGCGGGACCAGCUGGGGCCUGAUUCCCGUCAGCUGCAGGAACAAAAACCCCUACAUCUGUAAAGGCCGGGGGACACCACAACCUACAUCUGCGACACAAGACCCAGAACCGGACCUGAAGCCUAAGUUUGGACCAGAACCAGACCCGAAGCCUGACUCUGGAACAGAACCGGACCUGAAGCCUGACUCUGGAACAGAACCGGACCUGAAGCCUGACUCUGGAACAGAACCGGACCUGAAGCCUGACUCUGGAACAGAACCGGAUCUGAAGUCUGACUCUGGAACAGAACCGGAUCUGAAGUCUGACUCUGGAACAGAACCGGACCUGAAGCCUGACUCUGGAACAGAACCGGACCUGAAGCCUGACUCUGGAACAGAACCGGACCUGAAGUCUGACUCUGGAACAGAACCGGACCCUUGUCCAUGGCCUCCGAUCCUGGGGACCCGCUCCCUCCGCGAAGACAACAGCACCCGGGUUCUGGCGGAGUGCUGGUCUGGUCUGCAGCUGGACCUGGUCUGCUCGGGCCGCCCCCCUGCCUGGCGCCUGACGGAUGGAUCCGUGGCCAACCAGAGCACCGCCUGCCAGCCCUGUGAGCCGGGCUUCAUCAGAACCGGGUCCGGAGACUGUGAGGACAUCGACGAGUGCAGCGGUGGGGCCGGGCCCUGCAGAACCUCCUGCCUCAACACACCAGGGUCCUACAGGUGUUUCUGUAUCGAUGACGCUGGCGAGCGCCACGCUGAGGAUUCGCCGGUAUGUGCUCCGACUCUUGGCUUCCUGUUGCCACUGCUGGUUGCCAUGGCGGCGCUGGUUGUGCUUGUGGUGGUUGUCGCGGUGACGGUGGCGCUCUGCAUGAGGAGGAAACGAGCCAUGAAGAACAAAGAGGGCUAUGAGCCGGCCAAUGAGAAGGAAGCAUCGUGAGGAUCAGAGCUGUGAUUGGUCCUGACUGCCAGUGACAUCACGAGUGUGGGACAGGGGGUGGAAUUUCACAGAAAUAAUGCUAAUUUGUACAUUUACAAGAAAUAAUUAUAUCAAUUUAUGAUAAAAAACUUCAAUAUUCACUGAGAUUACAAACUCACACAAAAAAAUACAUAUACAUGAGACAAAUGCUUAUUUUUCUCCGAGGUUAUAUAAUGAAUAAAUAAAGGCAAUUCUGAAAAUCAAAGUCAAAAACAAGAAAAAAACUCACAAAUUCAGAAAAAAAACCUCUCUAUAUAUUUAAUAGUUUGUUUUCUGUCGCAGUGAUCCAGGUAACAGGAAGUCAGGUGGACGACUAUAACCUGAUUGACUGCCCAAACUAGGAUUUAAUUUAUAAACUCCUGAGAAAUAACAUUGUAGAAACCACUGAAUUUGUUAGAAAUUAAAGUUUAUUCAUUAUUGUUCAAAGACUCAACCUGAAAUAUUUGUAAUCAUCUUUGAUGAAUAUCCAGUGUAAAUGUAUUUUUGAUGACACAAACUGUAAUCCAGUUUAAAUUCAGGGACAUUAAGAUAAAUACAAUUCUGAUGUUAAACUGCAUUAUAUUUCUGGGUCCGUAUGUGUUUGAAUCGGAAGUUAUAAAAAUUAGAUAUUGUGUUUGAACUUUUUGAUCAAUAAAGAUUUUUGCUGUUUCACGUAAACAAA